CGAUGCGCUCAUUAUUGGCGUAUGGGUCAUUUUCCUUGUGUGAGCUGAUCUAAUAUGGAACCUUCGUCUAUAAGUGAUUCAUUCCAUACAGCUAGAUCGUCUAUCACAGGAAGCUCCCCAGAAUCACAUUCCAGCCACCCUUCUGCACGAUCGUCUUCAAUCGCCAGUACUAUCAAAGCCGACGCACAGCAGGAAAGGCAAGCUGACAUGUCGGAUAAUGCUCCGAUCCCUCGGUCUGACGACUCUGCUCCUCAAGAGCAAGCCGACGAGUCGGGAAGUAGUUCAACCCCUCGGCCUGAACAUUCUGAGACCACCCCUCCGGCUAACGACUCUGCUCCUCCGCAGCCGAUCGUAACUGAAGUCCCGGACCCUGCACAACUUUCGGACGGCGGUGGUGCCAAAUCCACAUCUCAGCUUACUUCAGACACAGCUCAAGCCUGUACUGUUCCAGAGAUUCAUGAACAGGAAAUUAUCCUUUGUUCCAUCGUGGAAGGCAAGCAUAUCGUCGAUGGCCCGAAAUUCCGAAAAGUCAACAGGACUCGUAAAGACAAGCAGAAAUAUGAAUGGAGAGAAUUAGAGGCAGUGCUUACGAACAAGGGAUUAUCGCUCUAUACCAUGUCGAUCUUCUUGGAAAGGCGGAAGAUUUUGCACAAUAUCAAUUUGGCAUCCAUUACUCAGCUCAAAUUAGUGAAUGAACAGGAAUAUUUGAUAGAGUUAACAGCAAGAACAUCAGAAAAAGGUGGCAUCAAACUUUCCUUUCGGCUCAGAAACACCAAACAAACGCGCCAUUGGUAUCGGCAACUGUAUUCGUUAGUCCCACAGAACAGCAAGCCAAUAUUUCCAAAUGUCGCUGAUGUAGUGAUACCGGAUCUCAAUAUCGAAUGCAGAGUACCCGUCGCGGAUGUAUCAACAUCAACGUACGGCUGGCUAAAGCAAAUGAUAGUGACUUCCAUGGUCCAAGACGAGACCACCAAGGAGAUGUAUGAAAAUUGGCAUCAGCAAAAGGAACUCAGCUUAUGUUGGAGAUAUAAAGAUUGUCUAGAAUGGUGCGUUGACGAAAGCGAGUCUAUCAUCGGCCCACGUUUGAUUGAAGGCAAUAAUAAUCUUGAGCUACGCAAAACGGAACAUAUGCCUACCACCGUGACGAUUGGUGAACGACAAAUUGUAGAACCCGAGGCUAUUGAUGGAAUACUUACCCGACUUACGAAUCGAAGAGGUCAGAUGAUUAAGAGCCAGAAGUUUUCACAAAGACGUUUCUAUUUUGCAACGCAUCAACAAUACUUGAUCAACCUGUCACUGAAUAACAAAUGUAGCCGAGAAGAGCAAAUAGGCUCAAGCUUAGGCAUGAUUGAUCUCUGUGAAGUAGAGGUCAUCAAGGUUUGGAAACCCAAUACGAUGUAUGGCAGCACUGCGUUUCAGAGCAAUACCAGUAUUAGCUCCUCCUCCUCCAGCACACCCAUUAUGGCCGCCUCGACGCAAGUCGAACGUGAGCAUGAUCCACGGCUUUGUUGGUGCUGCUUUGCCUCCACACCAAAGGCCAUAAAGAACUUGCAAAAGUUGGACAAACAGAAGAGGUGCUUUGAAAUGGUUUUGAGGAACGGUUUGUCCAUUAUAUAUGAGGCUCAGAGUGUCGAUGAUAGAGAUGUCUGGGUACGAAGGCUGCAAGAUCUCAGUUUAUAUUGGAAGACACUGAACCAUAGAAUGAUACGUGACCAAAUAAGCAAGUACAAAGCCGCCAUCAUUCGACAAGACAAGUCCCCUAAAUCUAAGCGGAAUGAUCAAAACGCCGAAAUGGAAAAUGACUCUAUGUCGCAGUAUGACGAGGAAGCUGCUGCUGACAAUGUUAUCUACACUAGUUUUUGGAACUACUGCCUCCCUUCAAGAUGUCGUUACAUCAUGUGUGCUGGGGCAUUAUUUUACAAAAAUAGUGUCCGGAAACCUUUUAAGGAGGAUCAUUUUGUUUUAACAAGAGACGGCCAGCUCGUGAUGUUCAACAUCGUGGAAAGAAGCAAACUGUCAGGAAGAAUGAUACAAAGCGUCUACCAUGGCCGCAAAUAUACACACGAUCUAACCGGUAGCUAUGUAUAUACUGACAACGACAACGACACCGUAGUGCGUCGACCUGCCCGCAUGUACUCAGACGGUCUAGUGACACCCAGAGACAAUCAGGAUGACGCGUGUUUGUUCUCCGUGUGGAUACCGUUAACCCAUAAAUUCUACUCUCACAAAAAGAAAAAAAUGAUUAUCACUCAAAAGCAUACUCUCAAAGGCAAACCCUGGACGUUUAUGGCUCGAACCAAGGAAGAUAAGCAAAUCUGGAUAACGGCUAUAAACGCAGUGUUGGAUCGCCCGAACCUAUGACACCACAAAUGCAAAAAAUAACAUUUUGUACAUGAAAAUAGUUUUUUGUUUGGAUGUUUUGUAUAAUAUGUAUUUCAAAAUCCC